AUGUGCUGGGCUCAACAACGGGAGUUGGUGCGGAGGCGAAGUCGGCUGAAUGGUGUUGUUACGACACCCCAGCAGCAGCUGCGCACGUGCAACGCAUAUCCAUAUGAAGCCGCAAUUGACGUCUUUCGAGGGAAGGAGAAGCUGACAACAGACAAGCAGCUUUCAUACAGACAGUGCCGCGACUUUGAUGUGUCUCUGAAGGAGAAUGACAAGUUGGACUUCAAGAUCGGCAAUGUUACCACGGGCACAUUUUCUGUGUCGGAGCUGCCCCAGUCAAACGCUCUUCUUCUGCUGGUGAUUUAUCGUCAUGACGUUGAAAGCACGGCAGUGUCGUUCGAGUCUCACAUGUUCAUGGCAGACGAGCCGAACCCACAGGUUGCCGUGAUCGACACAUUUCUGGGCACGACGGAAUUCAGGCCGAUCAUCUAUUCUGGCAACCUCUCGGAGACACUUCGAUUCGGCAGAGUCAUCUCUUUGUCCCCAGGGGACUAUGCCAUUCACCUCCAGAACGAUGCCAACGUGACCCAGGAUGUGGUCCCCGUCCGAGCACGAAAAGGUGACAAGUAUGUUGUGCUUCGCUCCGGCAUCCAGGCUCAGCGCGGGCCCAGUUUCCAGCAGGAGCUAAUGAUGUACCCCGAGCCAGAAGAGGAUCUGCUGCACAAUUUGAAGAGCAGCGCUAGAUCCAUUGGGGCCAGCUCUCUGCUGAUUCCGACCAUCAUGAUCGCGUUCCAGCAGCGCCUGGGAAGCCUCGCGCUACUGGCAGCGCUGCUGGCACAAGCGCAGGCGACGCAGCUCUCCCCUGGGACGCCACGGAAAGCUUUCGAGGCCGCGGCCCCCGUCCAGAUGCCUCAGCUAAGGGUUUGCAACGCAUUCCCCUCCAAAGAGCCGCUCUCUGUGGCCUGGAGAGACGUCGUCCUUACGGGUGACGAGCCGUUGCCGUACAAGGCAUGUCGGGACAUACCUUUGUCGAGCGCAAUGAAGGCAGGUGAGAAGCUGCACAUCGGCUUGCGAAAUGGUGCAAGCAACACUUUCCAACUCUCGGAACUUCCGAAAUCUUCCUCGCUUCUGCUAUUGGUCUGCUUCCGACAGGGGAAGACCGCGCUGGAUCUUUCCUUCCGCUCGCAUGCUUUCGAACCAAUACAGAAUGAGUCUGUCUCAAUUGCGGUGCUGGACACCUAUGAUGGCUCGGAGAAGUCCGAAGUGCGGAUUGGCCGCGACAUGGAAGUGAACACAGGAGGCGGUGAGCAGAUGUGGUAUGACUCAGUCGUGUCUGUCAGUCCGGGCAACUACCGGCUCUGGCUACGGAGCGAUGACAAGACGAAGGAUGAUCUGCGGUUUGCUGCAAGCACGGCAACCACGUAUGUAGUCAUGCGCGUCGGAGGGGAACCUCACGAGUCAUCUGAUGGUGCGGAGUUCCCGCAGGAGCUCAUGAUUUUCCCACGGAAAGAGACAGAGGGGGAGCCACUGCGGGAUGACUUCGCUCACCACAGGAGUGCUGCAUCGUCCGCUGGGGUGAGUGUGCUCUUUGGGUUGAUGGCCAUGCUCUGCUGGUCUUGA